AUGUCCCCAACACCCCCACCCCCACCCCGCCUCCUCGAGGACAAGGUCCUCAUCGUGACCGGCAGCAGCAGCGGCAUCGGGCGGGCGGUCGCGAUCGCCGCAGCAAACCACGGCGCCAAAGUGGUCCUGCACCAUCUCGGCCCGUCAACCCAGGCCGACAUCGACAGCCUCGUGUCCUCCCUCCCGCCGUCAACGCAGCACACAACAGUCGCGGGCGACAUUGCGCUGCCUGACACGGCGACCGCCAUCGUGAAUGCUGCGAUCUCCUCGUUCGGCCGCAUCGACGUGCUCGUCUCCAACGCAGGCAUAUGCCCCUUCCACUCGUUCCUCGACCUCCCCCAUACGCUGUGGAAGAGGGUGCAGGACGUGAACCUCAACGGCGCAUUCUACGCCGUGCAGGCGGUAGCGAACGCCAUGGCGGCACAAACCCCGCGCGGGGGGUCAAUUGUGGCCAUUAGCAGCAUCUCCGCGCUGAUGGGCGGCGCGGAGCAGACACAUUACACGCCUACCAAGGCCGGCGUGAAGAGCUUGAUGGAGAGCUGUGCUAUCGCGCUGGGCGGGCUGGGGAUUAGGUGUAACUCUGUCUUGCCGGGUACCAUCGAAACACCCAUCAAUGCCGACGACCUCGCCGACCCCGUCAAGCGCGAGUACAUGACCCGCCGGAUCCCCCUCGGCCGCCUCGGCGAGCCAGACGAUAUCGCGCAGCCUGUCAUCUUCUUCGCGUCCGACAUGGCGAAGUAUUGCACGGGCGCGAGCCUGCUAGUCGACGGCGGGGCGGCGAUCUCACUGCAGUAG